AGUCUGUGAACUCAACCGAACCUAACCACCGAAACCAAAAAACAUCGCAAAAUGUUUGCCAAAAUCGUUCUCUUUUUCGGUCUGCUAGUAGCCGCCGUCUACGGUAAGCCCCUGGUUCCGCUGGCAUACUCAUCACCCCUCGUGGCAGCACCCCCGGUUGCGGUCGCAUCAUCUCCUUUCGUAGCACCAUAUGUAGCCAACGCUGCUUAUGCUGCUGCUCCGGUUGCUGCCGCUUACACUGCAUCACCGUACGCGUACAGUGCAUAUCCUUAUGCUGCUUACGGUUCGCUCCUGCUUUAA